CUGGCUCUAAAAGCCUAGCAGGAACGCCACGAGCAGGACUGUCUCUCCUGCGUAAGCAUCUCACAGGACCACUUGCUCGUGCUCGCCGUGUUCCCUGGCCAUGGUCACAGCCGAUGAACGUCUCAGGAUCCCUCACCCAGCCGCCCGAGGGACACGUCUUUCUCUGGCUGGUGUGAUGGAUGCUUCUGUUUAAGGACAUUUUAUUUUCCAAAAGGCCACAAACGCUGAUUCCAGAAACCUGCUAAGGCUGUGAUACUUCAUUAGAGCUCUCCACAAGGGGGCAGCGUGAGACCGAGCACCACUCCCAUCCCAUCACGACCUCGAGCAGUCUGCUCUGUCAGGAUCACGCCGCUGAAGACCAUGAAAGUCUCUCCUGACCUGAUUCCUGCUGCAGAUCUGGACCCCAGCAGAGUGUGCAAGGGGAAAGGAGUGGUGACCCUGAGGGCCACUCUCAUCCACAUAGAUGACGAGGGCCGCAUCAGCUCGGAGCCAAACGUCGUCACAACGCCAAGUGGCUGGACAGGCCUUAUUAAUGGAGACAGCUCUAAAGCAGGACUGGCGGAGGGAGGCAGCAACAUCAGAAGUGAUUUAGCUCCUGUAAACAACCCUCGGUGCCAGGCCAUUUCCCCAGAGAGCCUAAAAGAGAAUCAAGCUCCAUCCUCCGCCGACGCUCCCAGCUGUAUCGCAUCGACCUCCGGCUCUGUUUAUCCGUGCACCAGCACGGCUAACCCCACAAUAGUCCUGCUGCAGCACAACAGAGAGCAGCAAAAGCAUCUUAAUCAUUUCAAAGACCCGACCCCAGAGAGGGACAAAAGCCCGGAUCCUGGCAGAGACUCUGCGGUCACUGACAUGGACUGGAAGAGGCUGCGGUUGUCCCUGCACUCGCCCGUCCUCGGUCCUCUCAACAAGCCCAUUGUCCCCGUGCGGAACACUGAAAAGUCCAAAGACUGGUACAAGACAAUGUUCAAACAGAUACACAGAAUACCCGAGCCUAUUGAGGAAAACCCUUACCGCCCCACCUACAUUUUCCCCGACAACUCUGACAUUCAGAUGAGAUCCAAAGAUGACUGUCCCACUCCCUUAGGUUACUUGGAAGAUGUGAGAGCCGUCCCGCGCUCCAAAAGCGACGCCGAGGUCGGUUCGAGAGGCCGGUCGAUGCCCGUGCCAACGCGCUCCUCGUCCCUCAGACCCUCCGCCAAAAGGAACGAGUGGGAGCCCCCGGAUAAAAAGGUGGACACCAGGAAGUACCGCGCCGAGCCCAAGAGCAUCUUUGAGUACGAGCCGGGAAAAUCGUCGGUGCUGAAGCUGGAGAGAACGACUCAGGAUGUAAAUCCAGAAGAUGUAGGUAUAGAGAAUGAGCCAUGGUAUAGAUUCUUUUCAGAGAUGGAGUUUGACAAAGCGAGUGCCCCCUCUUUCAGCCCCCUGGAAACAGCCUCCGACCUGCAGCAGUACUCCUCGAGCAAGUCUGGACACAGCGAGGUGGAGAAGGACGGGGGAUCGUCCACGGGUGAGCCUGGGGCUCCAGAGUGCGACCGCCAUGUUUACAAGAGCGUCCUGGAGGGCGGCGACAUUCCCUUACAAGGUCUACGGGCCCUAAACAAGCGCCAAGGCGGCUCCUCCUCAUCCAAAGUGGAUUAUAAAGGUGGGAAUGGCUAUAUAAUUUCACCCUGCUCCUCUGUAAAUAGUCGAUCGGUUCUUGCCAGUAAUGCAAUAGGUAACCAGUGUAAGAAUAUGAAGCCUCUUUCUGCUGCCAAAGCCCGAAUACCCCAAAUCCUGCCCUCUAAGUUCAAACCCAUGCUGCUGCCGCCCAGUGGUGACAGUCAGGAGAGCAGGACCAAAGCUGCCAGGCACCCCAAGGCCCACAGCUGUGAGGAUCUGUACACGGGGCCAUGUGACCCGGACUUUGCCGGAGCCGAGGAAAGGGAGACUGGCCGACAUUCGGACUGUAGAUCCGAGUGUGCGGACGGCCUCAGGAACGUCUCCCCCGUGAUCAGAAGGAGCCCAUCGGAGUUCUCCAGCCUGUACAGGACCAUGCAUCAAAUCCAGCGGCCCAGCUCGGCCGGCUGCAGCCCCAACGGCAGCGUCCGCAGCCUGGCCUCCCUCUUUGAGAGGUCACAGGCCGACGGGGGCGAAAGGUCAGAGGUGGACAACGGGGGCGACAUUCCACGAGAUGCCGUGUUGUCGCGGGUCAGCGAGUUUGAAAUGAUCAUCCAGCGGACCAGCCCGGCGCCCAGCCGCUGCUCCUCCCUGCCCACCCUGCACUGCAGCCACAGCCCCGCCCACCUCCGCAUGGCGGCCGCCGUGUCAGUGGAGUCACUCGCCGUCACCGACGCCUCGCGGAGGGAUGCCCGGUUCCCGGCGGGGGCCGAGGGCAGGAGCUGUGGGGAGGAGGCCCCGUCACCGGCCGCGGAGGAGGCCACGCCCCCCUCAGAGGACGGACACGAUGUCCUGACUGACUCCUCCUCUAACACCGAGGCAGAGGUGGAGCUGAUCUUCAGCGAGAGUUCCACAGGACAGAACCACCAAAAUGUGGGUGGACCAAACAGUCCCUCUGGCCUGCUUCCAGCAUCGCCUCCGCAACACAACCAUGUCCACCACCACCACCUCCUGCACCACCUGAACCACCAACUCCUCAAACCAGGCAAAUGCAAAGGCUCCUGCCCGGCGUCUUACACCCGCUUCACCACCAUCCUGAGGCACGAGAGGCAGCAGGCCUCGACUCAACAGGAGAGGCCGGCGCCUCUGGAGAAGAAGACCACGCUCCCCGGGAACCUCUUUCUAAUGGGCCCGGCUCCCUUCAGGUUGCGGAAAAACCAGCAGUCCCACCAGAGCCGGAGGAGCCUGCAGGCCACUAAGGCGAUGGCGGGCGUCCAGAGGCCCGGCACUUUGUCUCCCGAGCCCAGACCUCUGAUCCCGCAGCGCCUGUCCUCUCUGGAGGUCCUGGAGAGGCUGAGCAACGGCGAGGAAAGCCACACUGACCACCUGAGUAACGGGCAGGGCCUGGACGCCAACGGGAACCUACUGCAGCUGCUGGCAGCUCACCGCAGAGACCCGUCUCCAGUUCUGGGGGAGAGCCCGGAUGAGGUGUUGCGAAGGCGUCAUGGGGACAAAGAGAAAAUGUUGGAGGAGCAGCGGCGGCUGAAGCGGGAACAGGAAGAGGCCGACACGGCGUCCCGGCGACACACGGGCAUCGUCCCGACCCGCCACCAGUUCAUCACCAACGAGCGCUUCGGAGACCUGCUCAACAUCACAGAUAACACAGAGAAGAGGAAAUCAGGCGUGGAGAGAACUCCAGCCAUGGCUCGCUUUGACUUCAGAGCCGAAACUCUGAAGGAGCUGCCGUUUCAGAAGGGAGACAUUGUCUACAUAAUUCGACAGGUGGAUCAGAACUGGUAUGAAGGGGAACAUCAUGGAAGAGUUGGCAUUUUCCCUCAAAGUUACGUCGAGCUCCUUCCCACCACAGAGAAGGCGCAGCCAAAGAAAAGUGCCCCGGUGCAGGUACUGGAAUACGGAGAGGCCGUCGCCCGCUUCAACUUCAACGGCGACACGGUGGUGGAGAUGUCCUUCAGAAAGGGGGAGAGGAUCACGCUUAUUCGGAGAGUCGAUGAAAACUGGUACGAGGGCAAAAUCUCCGGCACCAACCGCCAAGGCAUCUUCCCCGUCACCUACGUAGAAGUGAACCGGCGGCCCCGCGUCAAAAACGGGGUUGAGUACCUGGACCCCCCGGUCAGCCAGUCGCCACAGCGCAGCACCAACGCCUCCCCUCAGCUAUAUCGUAACCGUCUGACCACCUCCCCGCUGCCCCUCCCGCGCUCCCCCCGUCGCUCCGUCUCCCCCAAAGUCCACGCCAUCUCCUCCGAGUGGAUCUCCCUGACCGUGGGAGGAGGGAGCCCUCCGACCGCCCCCACCCCUCCCCUGCCGCCGCUGCCCUCCGUGUCCUACCGCUGCGGCGAGUACCUGCCCCCGCCCUACUCUGCCAGCCCAGUGCCCCCCGUCACCGGCAGCCCGUACUUCAUCUCCCCCAUGGCUUCCCCGUCCGCCUCGCCUCUCCCCCCGCCUUACCCGCCAAGGCCCACCUCAACCACCCCCUUCCUCACGUUCACCCCACCGCAGGGCGGGGACUUCCUGCUCCGCCCCCUCUCCCCACGCCUGUCACGCAGCGUGAGCCCCUGUGGAGGGCCGGUGCUGGAGGGCUGGUUGAGGGGGGAGAAGGAGUUGACAGAGGGGGAAAUCGCAGAGGGGGACGGGGGCCACGGAGCCCCGGGAGGCAGGCGAAAUAGCCCCGCAGAGUUUGUGAAGAACGAGGCUGACCAUCACGGACGGAGCUCCCAGAGCCCCGUGAUGCUGUUUGACAUCCAAGAUAACAACAACGUGAACUCCUUCACGGAGGCAGUGUGUAAUGAGAUCUUGAAUAUAGCUGAGACCUCGGUGAGGUACUGCAGCACCCUGUCCCACCUCCCUCGUGACUCUGCCCAUAGAAUGCACCCCCAGCCCAGUAAACACUCUCUCAUCAUUUCCCAGCAACCCCAGUCCCACAGCAGCAGCCCGGAGCCGAACCGUCUCAACUGUGGAAUUUUCCAGGCGCUUUACAGUUACGCGCCGCAGAACGAAGACGAGCUGGAGCUGCAGGAGGGCGAUCUCGUCAGCGUCAUGGAGAAGUGCGAUGACGGCUGGUUUGUCGGAACCUCAAAGAGGACAAAACUGUUCGGGACGUUUCCUGGGAAUUACGUGAAGGAGGCAAAACUGUAACGAUGUCUAAUCUGGCUGUAACACAUGGUCGCCUGUCAAGCUUGGGAAGUCACUACUAUCUCGCAUGGCUGUUGGGUAGCGUAGUCAUUUUGUCUGGGAACGUGUUCGGUUGGUCCUGAGGUAUGUCAAACUGCACGAGGGAGAAGAGUACGGAGACCGCUCACUGGCCGAACCUCAGCACGGUGAACACCGUGACAACGCUUCACACACUCUUCUUGACAGAAUCCCGUCUGUCUCCACGUGUGGAAUUUCUCCGUGACAACCUCACUCAAAGUAGCGUCUAUUGUGCAGAUGAUAGCUUCCAUCCUGUCCAUGUCAUCUAGAGUACAUACGUGUUUACGUAGCACCUCAGUGCGGAGGCCGGCAGCAGAGCGCCGUGCGGGUUGAAGAGUGGAUCUUUUUUUACCUGAACGAGAUGUGUGGUGUUCGGCGCGAGCUACCUUGCAGGACCAGAGGGGUUCAUCAUGAUUAGCGAAGUAGGAGGCCGACCAAGAGAAAACCUUCAGUGUUAGCAGACGUUUAAUUGAAUGUGGCCGUCCGUUCCUUCCGCUUAGGUUGUGUAUGCGCACAUCCUCUAUUUAGCUGUAUUUUUGUGCCUCGUUCAGUAGCUCGCGCUAGAUGCCGUGCAGAUCUCACAUAACAAGAUAAUGAUAAUAGAUUAAUCACCAAAAAAAGGAUAUUUCAUGUUUAAAGCGAAGCCAACACGUCUCAGAAUAUAAUCAUUUUAAUAGCAUAUUGAGAUUUUAACCUUGACCCUGUUGACAAGAUUGUAUGUUUUUCCGCCGUGUAAAUGUGUACAGAAAACUUUUAAGAGGCCUCUCAAAUAUGGCUCCAUAUUUUCAUAUGUAAUGUAGACAAUUUGGGUUAUACGCUUCGUGAAAUGACAGAAGUGAGCACAACGUGCACAGUGUUUGACAGAUCAAAUCGGAGCGCGAAACACGACCGGCCAUCGCCUCAACAUUUCGCCGCCUUCAGCUUAAAGCAUUAGUAGCGAUGACAGUCGGCUCUUUGAGCCUUAAUCGCUCCCUACGGAAGAUCGCUUUGAAUUCCUUGGGCUAUCAAAGCGAUCCGAGCCCUCGCACCGAGCUGCGUCAGAUCCUGUAACAGACGCCACGUGUCAGAGACGAUCGCUGUUGUUUGUUCUGUGCAUCUUCAUCAGAUUCCUCAUUGUCAUCAACCGCCGGUCUGUGCUCAUGAAUCCUUUGCAGGUCUUAGCACUGAGCAGCUCUCGCUGCGUGUUACGACCUGCUCCGACCGGCCGUGUGCAGGGAAAUCGCUGCGGAGGUAUUUGAUUUGGUUUUGUUUAUUCCAGGUGCACUAGUGUGACUAUCUGCCGGAUCCUUUGCCCCAAUCCACACAUUUCUAAUCAAAUGAGUACACAGAAUCGGGAACAUGACCUGAAGUAUUAAAAGGAAGAACAGUGGCUCGGUGAUGAUAAACAUUUGGAACACGGUUUGAAGCUGUAAGUGGCUGCCACAGAAGUAAUGUAUGAAGUUUAUUAACAUUUGCACUCAUACAACAAAAGUCAGUAGCAAUCAGUGUUUCGUCCUUUUUCUGACUUUCGCUUGUUGAGACAAAAUCAGGAGUAACUUUCUCACCGCCGUCAUUUUUGCCAACAAAUCUGAUACGGAAUGUUUUCUCAAGAUAGCACGGCACACUAUGGGUUUGCCUGUGAAGCACUGAUAUAAUAUUCAGGUAUUUUGUUACACCACAAAAGCAGGUUUUCCCCUCCACUGCCGCUCAGAUAGUGUUUCGCUCCGCCUGGCAUGUCCUGAUUGGGAGUCAAAGUGUUUCCCUGACAGAACAAAAGCACACGCACACCACACGAUGGACAAAUAAACACAAUCCACACGACUCAUCCCUGAUUGUUCCUGUGAUAUUGUUCGUACGCCACAGGAUCCAUGAAUGUAUGAAUGUGAUGCAAUGCACACGAAACGUGUCAGUGUUUUCACCUCGAAUGAACAUGCAGACUACAGCGAGCCACAAGAAGGAUUGUAAAUAUGUAAAAUAAGAAAUGGACUGCGAGCGGUGGGACGUCCGUCACUCGCAGCGCUUUAUUUACCUGAAGGAUUUUUGUGGCAAAGCACAGAGUGGAGCGUUACUGAGCACGGGAAGUUUAAAGCAUGUGAACAUUACGCUGCCAUUUGUGACGAUCAUAACGCAUUAUGUUAGAUGCAAAAAUUGUGCCUCAUUUUCAUUUAGGUGUCUUUUAUUUUUUGGGGGGGCUGUGAUCAUUAUUAUGUACCCAUGACAUAUUUAAUGUAACCAUGGUUUUACCAUUAGUCCUAAUCUCAUUAUGAUUAACAAUCAUGAGACACACAACCUGCAACAUGUUUGUUUGUUUGCUUCAAUUUGCAGUGCUGUUACAUUGAUAAUAUUAAAAUAAAGAUACUAUACACUGCUGUGACUUCGGUAUUAUGCAAUAUUUAAUAAACCGUUUAAACCAU